UAUUUUUUUAAUAUAAUAUUACUUUAAAAAUAAAGCAAAAAUUUAAAAUAUAAAUGAAAAUAUUAGAAGUUUCAAUUUACCAUAUUGUUCUCAAAAGUUUGAUAUUUUUGUCUAUCUCGAGGAUCAACAUCAACAGCUUCAGGUGUGAUAUAUAAGUUUAUCGCUCGUUCAUCUGCACUUAUUUCAGCAGGUUGUAAUUGUCUUGGUCUAGCUUGCCUUGGUGGCUUACGAAUGCCUCGCACUAAACACAAAAAUAAAUUGUUAUAAGUUUUUGAAAUUAUUAUUUAUAAUUAUAUAAUUUAUAAUUAUUACCUCUAUGACCACCUAUUUCACCUGGUCUUAAGUUGUCACGUUCAAUUCCAUCAUGUAAUGUCUGAUCAUUAGUCCCCUCAUGAGUAUCGGAUAAAUUAUCUAUUGGAGUGGUUGGUCUUGAACGAGUCUCUUUUUCAGAAUAACUGUCUUCAUAGUCAUCAGGAAUCUCUGGUUCACUAUCUAAUUACAAUCAAUUCAUAGUUGAAUUAGUUUUGAUGAUCAUUUUCAAAAUUUUAAUUUUUUAGUGUUUAUGGAUAUAUGAAUUAUUACCUUCAUCUAGAGAAAGAGGAUCCUUUUCUCUUGCUGCAUAAAAUAAAAUGAGUUAAUUUAUUCAUGUUAUGAACAUACUAAUAAUUAUGUUUGUUUUUCAUAUUACGUGCAAUCACCUGUUCGAGAUUUCUUAUUUAAUAAUGGACCAUUAACAUUAUGUUCAUCUUCAUUGCUACGCCUUUUUCCAUUAUCAUGAUCAUUUUGACUGAAACUCAGAAAACUUUUCCGACCACCUGUAAAUUGAUUCUUUGCAUAUGCGCCUAAUUGCUCUUUAGAAGCUCUCAAUUUUGCUUUCUCAAUAGCUUUAGCGUGAUUCAACUGUAAUAAAUAUUUAUAAUUUAAAUUAAAGUAUAAAAACUAUUAUUUCCUGGUGAAAAUAUUGAAGCGAAUUUGUCAUACAUUGACAUUAUGUACCUACCACUUAUACAUUUAUAAGACUAAAAAUAUACUAAAACACGCCUUUGGUGAGGCAUAUUUUAUAACCUCAUUUUUAUCUACAGGAGAGGGUUGAAAUGAGACAAUAUUUGGUCGACUCACAAAUACAUAUAUAAACAUACAGUCAAAAAUAUACAUUUUCUAAAAACUACUAUUUUUUAGACUCCGUUAUAGUGUGUUAUGUGUGUGUAUUGUGUGAAUAAUAUCAACUCUGUAUCUGAUGCAAAUGUAUGUAACUCUGGAGUUAGAUAAAUAAAUAAAUAAAAACUUAAUAUAUCACAAAUGGACAUCAUAAAUUAUAUAUAAAAAUGAUAUGUGUAUAACUUGACGGCAAUAUUUUCACCAGGGUUAUAUUUAUAAAUGCAUAAAUGUUAUACUUACGUUAUCUAGUUUUACUACAAGCUUCUCAUUAAAAUUAUGCAAACCAGAGACAGUAGAUUGACUGCAGUUUUUCUGCAGAAUCGUUUGAGAAUUUGAAGGUAGCUUUGGGUCAGAGGGUGAAAAAAUUUUUCUUGGAAGGCGAAAACGAGUUGAAUUGCCUUUUUCUUCAGCAUCGGCUAAAGUCUCUGUAUAUUAAACAGGAAUAUGAAAAUAUUUUAUCCUAUGUAAAAGUACGAUACAAUUUAUUGUAUUCAACUAACCUGCAAGACAUACAAUGUAUCCUUUGUGGUAUUCACAGCUUUUAUUGUUUAUGUCUGUGCAAUCAAUGGUAUCACAAAGGCACCACAAUAUAUCAUACUGGCGUUGAGGAUCAAAGUCGUUGCAGGUCUUAUGUGAUGCGUAUCACUUUUAUCAACUUUAAUCUCCUUGAUAGAUACAAACUGAUUUUUUUUCAACUCAUCAGUAAACCUGACGCAUGCGUACAAUUCCUCCAUAAUUAUAACAUUAACUUUUAGCAAUAAUGAGGUGUGAGAUGUUUUUAUUUGAGAAUAUAUAAUUUUAUACACACACGAAUAGCCAAAAAUAUUUUGCUAAUGUUCUACGUAGGCUGAAAAGAUUUAAAGUAUACGCUGGUACACAACAGCUUAAAUUGAGAUAUUCCACUUUUUAUAAUUAUAGAAAAAUAUAAUUAUCUGCCAACAAACCCUUUUCACAUAUAACAUAACAUGUUCAUACAUAUUAACAUUACCAACCAUAUAUAUAUUUUGAUAUAUACUUUGUAUAAUUAGAAACCGAUAUCGGUUGUUCCGUACGUUCCGUUUUUGUUGUCAUAUGUGUAUACGGAAAUCCAGAAUUUUCCGUAAUUCCGUAAUAAUAAUAGGCGUAUUCCGUGGGCGUAUUUCGUUACUCAGGCGCCCGAUUUCAGAAUGUUCCGAAUUGCUCUAAAAUUUAUUUAUUUCAGUUAGUCUCCUGUCUAUUAACUUAUUUCGCUGCGCGAAAGCAUUUUCUCUUCCUGCUGGCACACGAGAAUAGACCGCGGAAGUAAGGCCUGUUACACGCUUCAAAGGAAUAGGAACAGAUAUAAGAUUUAACAUAAGUUAGUAUGUGUAUACCUAUGAAGAACAGGAACAGACACAAGACACAAGGAACAGCGCGCUGUUCCUCAUAUAUAUAGAUAUACGGAGGGCAACGAAUGCAUAACGUGUAUUACCUCGAUUCAUAACCUCGUAAUGGCUAAUGUUUUGUGAACGAACAAUUGUCGGAGAUUAUUGUUUAUACUGCGAUACUGCGAUUAAUAUCAAGGAUGAGUAAUAACGUUACAAAAAGACGUUAUAAAAAGUUUUUGCAAAGCGGGAAAUUUGCUGACGUUUCGCAAGAUACACUUAGAAGAGCAAUCAUUAAAAAAUGUAGAAUGGGAAAUAUUUUUUUGCAAAAAAAUACCAAUGAUUCAACAAAGGCUGAGGAUGCUGGUUUGAAUACUAAAAACAGUAAUUGUAUUGUAAAAUGUGACGAACAGGAAGGAGAAAGUAAAUGCAUUAGUUUUGAUAACAGUUAUGAAGCAGUAGAUAAUACGCAGGACAAUUCAAUGGAUAUGGUUAGAUGUAUACACGAUGAAUCAACACAAUGGGAAGUACGUGUAGAUGGCGAUUCAAGCGACACUGACAAUGGUGAAUGCAAAGCAGAUUAUUCAAACAAAAAGUUAUUAAAAACUAGUAACUUUAAUGAUCUUCUAAGUAAUCCAAAAUUUUUAGAAACUAUUACAACUUCAGUAGAUAAAAGCCCAGGCGAAAUAUUCUUGAUACUUUUAAAGUUAACAUUAUUACAUAAACUUCCAUUGAGUUGCACUAGUGAUUUAUUUCGCUUAGUAAAUUGUAUAUUUAAAGAAUCAGUAUUACCAGAGACUUCUUAUAUGCUCGAUAAAAUUCUUAAUACUAAAACAAAUAUUGAAUUUUUUGGCAUUUGUCCAAAUUGUGAAAUAUGUGUAGGAAAAAUUGAGACAUUCAAAAGCUCAGUGGAAUGUGAUAUUUGCUCAUUUAAUAUUGAUUUGUCUAAGCCAUCUUUAGAAAAUAUUUUUUUGAUAAUUGAUCCAUCAGAAGAUAUAACAAAUUCUAUUAAUCUUCACAGUAGGUUUUAUAAUUAUGUUGUAAAUGAAAGAAAGUAUGAUGGAUCGAUCAAAGAUAUUUAUGACGGGAAAUUGUAUCGAGAAUUUGUUAGCAAUUUACAACAAAAUGAUAGAAGCUCGUAUAUAACUGCAAUUUUGAAUACAGAUGGAGCACCAACAUUUGAAUGUUCAAAAUAUUCCAUUUGGCCAAUAUAUAUACAGAUAAAUGAAAUACCUAUAGCAGCCAUACUUAAAAGUUCGAUAGUAUGCGGAAUGUGGUUUGGUAAAAAGAAACCACCAAUGAACAGUUUUUUGCAACCUUUAGUUAAUAAACUAAACGAACUGUCCAUUAACGGAAUUGAAUGUAAUAUAAAUAAUGUACCACGUCACAUAACAUUACAUGUCUUAAUUAUAUGCGUUGAUUCUGUAGCUAGAGCUCCUAUGCAAUGUCACAAGCAAUUUAAUGGAAAGUAUGGUUGCUCUUGGUGCUUACAUCCAGGUGAAUGGUUUGAAGGAAGCAUGCGUUAUCCAAUUUUAGUUUAUUAUCCAAAAGAAAGAAGACAAGAACAAACUGUACGGUUUAUGGAGAUUGUAACUGAGAAUGAAGAUGUUCAAGAUUGUUAUGGUGUUAAAGGCGUAUCACCUUUAAUAAAUCUGAACAGUUUUGAUAUCGUCAGCAGUUUUGUGCCUGACUAUAUGCAUUGCUACUUAGCUGGUGUGGGAAAACAAAUUACAGAAUGCAUUCUCCAAAAACUAUCAAUCGAAGUUAUUGUUGUUGAUAAAAUUUUAAAAAGCAUACUAGUUCCUCAACAAUUAGCGCGUUUUAGUAGGCCACUUAGCGAUAGGAAUGAUUGGAUAGCUAAAGAGUGGGAAAACUUUAUUUUACAUUACAGUAUUCCUUUAUUUAAAUAUUUAUUAGAAGACGAAAUAGUUGAGUAUUGGACAUUAUUAGUCGAUAGUUUAUACAUCUUAUUAAAAGAUUGUAUUACAAUGGAGGAACUUGACAAUGCUGAUCGAAUGCUUCAUGAAUUUAACCUCAAAACGGAAAAACUUUUUACUAAAAAAGCAAUGACGUUUAAUGUACAUCAACUACUGCAUAUCUCAGCAAGUGUGUACAAUUGGGGACCUCUUUGGUCUCACUCCACGUUUCCAUUCGAAUCUGCUAACCAUCAUUUACUUCAAACGAUACACUGUGCCAAUGGGGUCAAUUUACAAAUUGUUCGAUAUUUAAAUUAUCAAAAAUGUUUAAACAUUCUAGAAAAUCGUAUAUAUCCGCAUGCAUCUCCAAAAGUUAUUCAAUUUUGUAAAGAUAUUUCACAAAAAAGAAUCCACAAAAGUUAUAAAAUACAAAAUGUAACAUAUUUAGGAAAUACUAGUAGUAUAUGGGCCACUAUGGAGAGACAGGGGCGUGGCCUAACUGACGUCACCGCUCCCGUGGCUGGCGCCAGUUGUUUAUGUAAACAAACACCAUGUUUAUAUAAACAGUAGCAGAUAAGGUCAAUAAACAUGAUUUACGACCGCUACUGUAUGAGUGCGUCAUCGAUGGGUGAACUACUUUGUUUAUUUAUAAAUAAUUAUAAAUAAUUAGUUAACAAAAGCUAUAUCACGCAUACGAUGCCAUAAGGUUAACAUGCUUUACGACCGCUACUCUGUCAUAAACAGUCUGUCAUCGAUGGGUAACUUUUGUUUAUUUAUAAAUAAUUAUAAAUAAUUUUUAAACAAAAGCUA